AUGUAUAAUUUAUUUUUUUAUUUUUUACAGACCACUAAACCAGGAAAGCAAGGCACAAAAGGCCAGAAGCAGAUUCUUCAGGAAAAUACUGAAACAUUGAAUUUCUAUCGGUACAUGAUGCUCGGUGCAGCUGGUAUCUACUUCAUACUUGGGAUGAUAUUCUUUGCUGAGUUUCCUACACUAGAUUUGGUACUUAUGGGUUUUGCUGGCAUGGUGUGGUUUGCCUGCUUCCGUUUUAUGUCAUCUAUGGCCACACCCAAACUUGCAGCAGAUGGUUCUAUCCUGGAUGAAGGGUGUGAUUUGAAUAUGGAAGGUGGAUUAGCAGAGUAAGUAAUAAUGCAACAUGUGUGU